GCUUGAUGAUAAAUCUGACACAUCUCUGUGACAAAGUUGUUCAAUCAAAAUUGCUUCUAAAUGUCAAAAAUAUAAACAACAGUUCCCAGUAACAAAGGAGACAACAUUUAUAUUGAACAUAUACAUUUUUUAACAACCAGAGUUAAAAAAUGCGUGCUUCUAUUGUCCGUUUGACUAAAGUGUCUCCAAAAUUAAAGGAGCUACGUAUACACCUUUGUCAAUCGGGUGAAGCUUCAAAAGGAGCAAGGAUAGAGCACACUUUCCUAUAUACAUAUAUAAGUAAAAAGCCAUCAUUUUUUAGGGAAUACGUGGAGAAAUUUUAUCCAAAUCUUAAGAAGAACAACCCAGAAUUGCCAAUUUUAAUACGAGAAUGUUCAGGGAUUCAGCCGCGAUUAUGGGCACGAUAUGUUCUAGGUAAAGAAACUUCCGUUCCUUUGACGAAUCAAUCGGCACCAGAAAUUCAAAAGCAAGUURAAGCUGUAGCAAAAGCGUAAAUUUAUAUAUUUUUGACUACAAGCCAAAUCUGUGAACAUAUGUUUAUCUAAAUAAUAAAAUAUAAUAAAGAAACAUUAA